AGUUCGUGACUGGCCCAACUCAAAAGUAAGCCCACGUAGCUCUCUUGCCAUCAAGCUCUGACUGUCGCAGACGCAGUAGACCGUUCCCCGCCCCGUCCCCCCACGCAGCCCGUUCGGCCCCCCGACAUCGCAGGCACACCAAUGCUCCCGUCGCCGCCGGCGAUCUCGCCGGCGCGGUUGCACAAGUUGGUGACCUCGCAGGCGGACCCGCUCCUUGCGCUCGAGCUCGUCACUGUCACCUCCCCGACCACCACGCCCCACCCGGCCACCCUCCACUCGCUCCUCCUCCGCCUCUCCCGCCGCCGCGACCACCUCCCCCACGCGCUCGCCCUCCUCCGCCGCCUCCCAUCCCCUCCCUCCCCGCGCCUCCUCCUCCCGCUUCUCCUAUCCGUACUCCGCCUCCGCCGCCCACCCCACCUCUUCCUGUCCACCUUUAACUCCCUCUUCAUCUCCGGCCCGAGCCCCUUGUCGCUGCACCCCCAGCUUCUUCUCCGGCUGCUCUCCACCCUCUCCUCCACAGUCUGCUACUUCCCGUCCGCGCUCCACCUCCUCCGACUCGUCUCCUCCCGCCUGCCCCUCCCCGCGCCGCUCGUCCUCGCUUCCCACAACCUGCUCAUCGAGGCCGCCGCCCGCUCCGGCCACCUCGCCGUGUCGCUCUCGCUCUUCCACCGCUUGCGCUCCCUCCACGUGUCGCCUGACGCCGACACCUACCGCGUGCUAACCCAGUCGCUGUGCCGCCGCGGCCAGGUCCACACUGCCACUACCCUGCUCGACGAAAUGCUGCACAGGGGCAUUCCUGCCGAUCCUCUUGCAUACACCACCGUGCUCAAUGCUCUCUGCCGCAAGAAGCAGCUCCGUGAGGCCUACCGGUUGCUAUGCCUAAUGCGAGGCCGUGGGGUCUCUCCUGACAUUGUGCAUUACAACACCGUCAUUGUGGGAAUGUGUCGUGAGGGGCGGCCGCUAGAUGCGUGCAAGGUGGUUGGAGAUAUGAAGGAUAGUGGCUGCAUACCCAAUGUGGCGACUUAUGCAGCGGUGGUGAAUGGGUUGUGUAUCAGUGGGUUGUUUGACAAGGCAGAGGCAUACCUGGAAGAUAUGGUGGGUCAAGGGAUUAUACCACAUUUUUCGGUGUUUCACUCGGUGAUUAAGGGGUGUUGUACAGUUGGCAAAGCAGAGGAGGCUGCACGGAUGAUGAAUCGGAUGCUUGAUCUUGGGAUCCCUCCACAUGCUGAGACAUGGAGUUCAGUGGUCAGCAGUGUUUGUAAUGACGAGGCCUAUAUUGAGGUGAUUUUGUUGCACAUGAUGCAAGAAAAGCAGCGCUGCUCGAACAUGAUCUCCAAGAGUACCUGGUGAUGACGUUUAGCUACAUUGGAGAUGCAAGAAACGAGCAGUUGGAGUUCUUCAUUUUUCGGGGGUGAUAUAAGCAAUCAUCUUUGCUGAAAAAAAUACCAGUACAGAGUACAAAAAGUGAAGCACAAAGACAUUUUUUAUUCUGAAACGCGGCUGCCCAAGAAAACACCUUGUUGGCAAAGGUGAGGCUCUGGUCACAGAGCACUCCAAGGGUAGAUACUGGGGUGGUGAUCACAAUGCUUAACUUAAGGCAAAUGUGUGUAAGAAAAGAUAGUUCCAUACUUGGUUGCAAGGCUUGGAGGUGAGAGUUGAGAUGAAUGAUGCUGUCAACCAGUUGGAGUCUUGGGGGGCCAGGGGAAGCUGUCUCAGGCUGCUUCAGCAAUGACGGAUGAAGCUGAAGAAGAGUUGCUGCAAAGCUUAUAUAGCACAAAAUGGCUGUUGGUAUUUCCAUGGCUGCAGGGAGAAUCCUUCACUUUUAGCUCUCACAGUCGAUAAAAUAGCAGUAAUUACAGUAAAUUCUGAGUAAUUUUGAAUCGACUACAAGACAAUACGGCAACUUGGAAGUGGAACUGCAGGUGAGAAAUAUGAUAACAGUGGAGAGGGAUGCCGACAUGCUGUCGAUAAUCCAUCAGCAGUGUAUUGACCAGUAGUCUCAGAACAUUACAGUUUCGUUCUUCAGAGUUCAAUAAUGUCAAGGCAAGCGUACUGUCCAGGUGGUUGUAACAAUGCAGCAUACGAGCUAACACCCUUAUCACCUGUGUAGCUUAGUGCAGGAUAACUGUGUAACACUCAUCAGAUCAGGAUAAAACUGACCAAACACUCAAUAUGUUUUGCUCCUUUGCAUCCAGACACCGUUAGUUGGGUUCAGGAUAGUUCCAUCAACAUUGAUUGUUCCAGAGUUUUUCACACAGUUCUUAGAGCUCCUGGAGUUCUGAUAUCUCCCCAUUUUUCGUCACCAAGCGUGUAAACUUGAAUGGCGAUGAAUCUUUUGUUAUUAUGUGGGCGACGGCGACCCUCGUCACAA